GAUUCUGAUUCUUUAAGAUUCUUAGAGUUUUUAGUUUUAAAAUGUUGUCUAACUUAUUGUCCUUCAUUCAACUAUUUGUCUAAAAUUUGUAUCACUUACAUUUCCUGUCGAGAAAGCUUUGGCUACAGGUUUUUUAUUUCGUGGAUUUUCCCUUUAACAUACAUGCAUAAUCAGACUAUCAUUUUAUUAGGUUCAGAGAAAAUUUCUUUACCUCCACAUUAUUUUUCAAGUAUUAUUAUUAAAUAAACCGUAGUAGCUAGACAUAAUAAAAGAUUGAAAUGAGCAUGAGAUGAUGCUGACAAUCAGGUUGUUACCAUUAAUUUACAUCUCAUAGUAGCCGAAAAAACAUAUAAGACCACAUUUUUCUUGGGGGUAUGGAGUCAGUUCAUGUAAGCAUGUUGUGAUCUUCAUAGAAAAUUAAGGUAGCAAUAUAAUGGGGGUUUAAGGAAAAUAAAUACUGAGCUGAGUUGACACAGAAUUUACUGUAAGAUUACUGCAGGUUAUCAAUAAACAAGCAAGUAUGUGCUUUCCACUUUUUUUUUUGUGCAUUAUCCAUAAACAUGUAUUUUGUGAUACAACCAUUUUGGAUAUCAUUUCAAUCUCCUUUUAGUUGUUUAGGCUAUUAUGUGGCUGGGACAUAGCUGGCUUGGAAUCUCAAUAACUUUGAUGUCACUGGAGCUUGAAAGAAACAGUUUAAAUGUUUUUUAAAGUAACAAGUCCAUUUGGAUUGGUUGAAGUGCAUUAGGGCAAAAAGAAUAAUGUCUUGCUUUGGGUGCUGUGAAGAGGAUGAUAUUCAUCGAACUACUGCCAGUGGUGGUCCCUAUGUGACAAGCAAUUCAACAGGAAACGAUGGAGCAUUUCAUGCUGCAAACCCUCCUUCUAAAGGUGCUCAAACUGUUAAACCUCAGCCUAUCGCAGUCCCAGCAAUUCCCGUAGAGGAAAUAAAGGAAGUCACAAAGAAUUUUGGGGAUGAAGCUUUAAUUGGGGAGGGUUCAUUUGGCAGAGUGUAUUUUGGUAUUCUUAAAAAUGGCAGAAGCACAGCUAUAAAGAAGUUGGACUCAAGCAAGCAGCCAGACCAAGAAUUUUUAGCACAGGUUUCCAUGGUGUCAAGGCUGAAGCAUGAGCAUGUUGUAGAGUUGGUUGGUUACUGUAUCGAAGGAAAUCUCCGCCUACUAGCAUAUGAGUUCGCUACCAUGGGAUCUCUUCAUGACAUUCUUCAUGGGAGAAAAGGAGUUAAAGGAGCACAACCAGGUCCAGUGUUGUCAUGGCAACAGAGAGUCAAGAUUGCUGUAGGAGCAGCAAAAGGACUUGAAUACCUUCAUGAGAAAGCUCAACCUCAUAUUAUUCAUCGUGACAUAAAGUCCAGCAAUGUUCUACUCUUUGAUGAUGAUGUUGCAAAGAUAGCAGACUUUGACCUAUCAAAUCAAGCUCCUGACAUGGCUGCUCGUCUUCAUUCUACUAGAGUUCUGGGGACAUUUGGUUAUCAUGCACCAGAGUAUGCGAUGACCGGUCAACUUAGCUCCAAGAGUGAUGUAUACAGCUUUGGUGUUGUCUUAUUGGAGCUCUUGACUGGCCGCAAACCUGUGGAUCAUACAUUACCAAGAGGACAACAAAGUCUUGUGACUUGGGCAACACCCAGACUCAGUGAAGACAAGGUAAGGCAAUGUAUUGACUCAAGACUAGGCGGAGAUUUUCCUCCCAAAGCAGUUGCAAAGUUUGCUGCGGUGGCUGCCUUGUGUGUGCAAUAUGAAGCCGAUUUCCGCCCGAACAUGAGUAUCGUAGUCAAGGCGCUACAACCCCUGCUGAACACUCGGUCUGGCCACCCUGGCGAAGCCCUGGGAUCAUGAAACCUCUUUCACGGGGCUUGUCCUGUGUCACUUUGAUGCAGUGCUGACCUGUAGAUUACAUGCCCUUGUAUCGGAUGAAUCAAAUUAUUUUGGAACCUAAAUUAUGUUAUGAAUUCCCUUUUGUAAUUAGAGAGAUUUGUCAAUGUCAGCUUGUGGUUUGUCUCCAAAAUUUCCACUUGGAACAAUCAGUGAUACAUUCUUCUACGAUUA